GUGAAAAACCGUAUGUAUGUGACUUUCCAAGUUGUAACAGAAAAUUCGCUCAGUCAGGCCAACUGAAAACCCAUCAAAGAUUACAUACUGGCGAAAAACCAUUCGUAUGCGCAGCACCAAAUUGUCUGAGAAGUUUUACUCACGCCAACCGUCAUUGUCCUGACCAUCCAGAUUUUUCUUUGAGAAGGUUUUCUUCAAAGCCAGAAGCCAACCUCAGUAAAACCUAUGAUGAAGGACACAAUGCUGAGGUACGGGAGUGGCUGAAAAACUGGGAUAGGCGUAAUAAGUCAUCUUCAGAAUCAAGCGAAAAUCUUUAUAAGACUCCAAAAAAAUCAAUCUUCAAAGCAGAUGAUUCGUUGUUCAGUAGCGGCACCUCAGAGUAUUUCUCAAAUUGUUCAAAAACCAGCUUGACUGAUGAUAUCGAGAACUCACCAAAUUCCGAUAGAGAAUACCCGGAAACUUCCAGCUACUUCUUGGGAAACUCAGAAUUUGAUAUGCAUUCUGAAACAUCACCAAAAAACACUUCCUCGGCUUCUGAACUACCAAAAAAGCGGUGGCUCCGCGAAGCAGUACAAGACCAAAGUCUUUGGGAUUCAACCAAUGAUCUCGCAUGUCCCAUCAAUUGGGGCGAAGAGGCCCUAACAGACCUAACCGAAGAGAAAAAGGACACGUGUCUACCAAAGGUGGCAGCUGAAAAUCAGACACGUCCCUCAGUAUUGAGAAAAAAGAUAAUCAGCAAGUGUUUUGGUGUUUAUACUGUUCAACAUGAAGAUAACCAUUCUUGAAGAGUGGCUGAACUGUUGUCAAUAGUAGAGUGUCAUUGUUAAGUACUGAGCAUCCUUAAAUUUUCUCUUGAACUGGUUUCUGAACAGUUCGUCAACUUCUAGAUUUUCUAUUCAAUUGUUUCGAUGUAGAAACAUACAUAAUUAGAGGUGAUUUUUGAGAAUUUACAUCAUUAAACCUUGGAACAAUGCAAAUCCAAACGUCUAGGAUUCAAAAGAAGACUUUCAAACGAUUGUGUAUUAGUUUCUUUGGUGCAUUGCUGUAAUUCUU